UCCUUCUUCGCCUCGUCUGAGUUUUAGUGUCGACUUUUGAUUCAGGGACUGGCGGCGGAUACGCAUACAUCCAGGCCGGUAUCCGUACUCCGUACAAUUAUUGUGCUGUCGGUGUGCCUUCCCUUCAUCGCGUCUUCUUUUCUUUUUACCAUCUGCAUCGAUCGACGUUGGUCUUGAUUCCAGUACGGAGUAUCAGUACCUAGGUAAAGACGAACGAUUACUACCUUAUACACGACAUCUUCAGACUCUCGGUACAUAUUACCUUGGUACCUUACUUUCCCUUGCGUUCUUCCAAAGGAGCGCAUGACAAUCCCGACGUCACCCUGAGCGCCGUCACUUUUUCUCAGGGUCUAGACCAACCAACCGACACACGCUCGACGUCCAAUCAAGACACUCAUCAUCAACGGCUGUUGCCGGCACUCGAAGCUCUCCCCAACGCCAGGACCGAGCUUGUUGGUUGCCCAUAGCUGUUCCUUGCUACUUUCCAGGUCACUCAACCUAUUUCGCCCCAGGGACCCCCCAAAAAACAACUUGACCGCGCCGCUCGUCUCCAGCCCGACCACAGCCGCUUGCCGACACAUCAACACAUAGGUAGGCCGAGUAAGCACGCGCGCAUUGUCAACACGGGAAUCCUUCUUCGCUUCAUCUUCGAGCGAUUCCUUCCUCCGUCUGACAGCGCUCGCCUGCUGCCAGCCAUCGCACGGCCUGUUGCACGACGAACAACCAACGAGCCAGCGCACCACGACUCGUCUUCUACAGCCCACCCGACACCCGAGACUCAGGCCUGGGAUUUAGCUUCCGGAUCGAUCAUGAGCUUUCGUUCAGGCUUUGCGACAUUGUGAAUCACCACACAAACACCACAACAGUCACCGCUUCCGCCCGACCCCUUGCCGGUGUUGCCGCAACUCCUUUCCCUGCCUCACCCGUGAGCCCUUCGACAUCCCUUGUUCCGUCGCCCUGACCUCCGACGCCUGCACCGACCUGCACCAUGGCCUUCACAUCCCAGUACCGAAUGCCCGGUACCUACUUUGACGCACAACCCGCCGGAGUUCACCCUGGCGUCUUCCGACCACCCACUUCCCCCUCCGCCGGUUCUUCCUACUGUUUCGCCAGAGCAAACAGCUUCCACGCCGAAGCAAAUACACCUUCAGCUCAGGCAAAAAGAAAACGGCGCAACAAUGUCUCCCGCGAAGCUACUCCGCUGAAUGAAUGGAACGAUGGCAACAUGAAUCUAGACAGCUCGAGCGAACUCCCUAGACACGAGACACCUCUACCGAUCCGAGGAGCCCGAUACACCCUGGCUGGCCAGCUCGAGACACCUGGUGCCGGCAUCAACACGCCUUACGACAACGGUAACUUGGAUGAGAGCAUGUACUCAGACGGCGAUUAUCGAAGAGCCUUGGGAUCAAAACGACCGCACGAAGAGAUGGAAUCGCCUAUUCCAGGCCAGCCGACUGUACUGGUCCAGCCUAGCCACCCAGUCGCCGGCGGCUGGAGCCGCUUUGCGUUCAACACUAUUGGUGGGGUCGUAGGCAAAGUCUGGGAAUUCUGCAAGGCUGGGGCCUUCAUUGGCUUCUCUGCUGGGGGUGGCAAGGCUUACACCAUUGAUGGCCAGAGCAUCCGUCCCUCUUCAGCUGCUAACUCGGCUUUGCCUGCGCCUCAGCCAGAGCCGUCCGAGAAGUUCAACGAAAAAUACGAAUGGAGACAACAGCAAAGUCCCCAAAACUUGGAUACGCCCGUUGGAGAUACCACACCGCCCGGAGGAUUCCCUCAGCCCCUCUUCACAUCGUAUGCCCGAGAGCCAGACCAAGCCCUGAACCCCGAACCCAAGGUUGAGGUUGAGGUCGAGGUCGAGGCCACACCUUCGCGACCCGCCGUAAAACGCCGACAGACGAGUGCAGGGAAUCAUGACGAGCUGCGAAACUGGGUUGUGGUGGACGAGUCAGCGCCAGGCAAUAGGCCAGUUUCGAGGGCAUCGAUGCGACCAGCAUCCCGCAACAUGCGCCCUUCCCUAGUCACAGGCCGGAGGAUUAGUGUUCCCAAGCCUCGUCUCAGCUCGAUCCCGAUCCACAACCGCCGCCAGUCUACGGCCAGCCACGAAUACAAUGCUCCGGACACCGCACCACUGUCAUAUCAGGAACCAGCAAGCUUCGCUAGUGUGAGAUCUCCGGAGCCGCCGAGGACCUUGACCGGGCCCUCGCCGAGCCGAAUCCCACUGCCAAUGCAGUCUGCCGGCUCGAGCCCGAACCCGUUCGCGAAGACGACCGUCUCAGCCCGGCGUCAGAGUGCCAUUCCGUCGCCAGCACAAUCUUUAAUGAGCCCACCUGUACGCUCGCAUCGCCGCUCCAAUAGCAGUGCUUCAGCAGCGUCACCUCGUGGUAAACUCAAGGAGUUCGGAGUGGACUCUAUCCGCGCGAGCCCUCGGCUCGACGUAGAAGCCAAGAAGUUGGCAGCCAGACGAAUCAAAGAUGAACAUGACACCGAUGCGCGAAUUAAUGAUUUCAACCAGAGGCUCAAGGAGAUGAUUCGCCAAGGCAGGGAGGCUCUUGGCACCAAGGUCGAGGUGGAUGACGACGGCUGCGGCUGGGAGGAUGACUGAAGGAGAGUACUUUCAUGUUCAUGGAGGGCGUUUUGCUAGGUUCUUUACACACAUCUGGGCAGGUCUGCUUUUUGGCGGGGAGUUGAAAGGAUGAUUUCGUCGCGUGAUACCAUCCACCAUACAUGCGGCAUUCUUGACAGGACCCCAACAUUGCCUCGGGUCUAGAUUUGCAAAGGUAGUUUCCAGCUCGAGAUCUUCGGGCUUAGUAAUCCCAAGGGUCUAUUU